UUGCAGUUGUAAUCACUUUAAUUGGAUCCAAUUGGAGUGUUUCCAACACCAUGAGGGUGGGGUGAUUGCUUCCGCAAUAACGUUGCUCUUGCGGUGUAAUACAACGGAUUGUUAAUAAGCAUUAAGCCAUUCCAGUUUUUAUCUAUCACACCUGACAGACGUUCCCCAACUACAGGACCUGUAUUAAAAAAACAUCACUGAGACAUCUGUAACUAGCAUCAUGGCUUCAGGAUCUCAAGAGCCAUCUCUGAUUCUACGUGAUUUAAUCAAGAAGAGUAAAUUAAUCAGUGAAGGUCCUCCUGCACGAUAUCGUCUCCUCACUACCAGAAGUAAUCUUGAAAAAGACGGAUCAGUGAGAAAAUGGACAUUUGGACAGCGAGAUAUCAACAUGCAAAACAAAAUUCUACUGAUGGUAGGAGAAACUGGAACAGGCAAAACUGCUCUUAUCAAUGCCAUGGUGAAUUAUAUACUCGGGGUAAAGUUUACACAUGAAGUGUGGUUUGAAAUUACAGAAGAGGGAGGAGAUCAUGACAAGGCAGAUCAGUCAAAGAGUCAAACAACUGAAGUCACAGUGUAUGAAGUCUUUGCUCAAGACAACCCAAUCUGUCUCACCGUCAUUGACACUCCAGGUUAUGGAGACACCAGAGGAACAGAUCUGGAUAAACAGAUUGCAGAAAAUCUGUUCAAACUGUUUCACAGUGAUUCUGGAGUGAAAGAAAUUGAUGCAGUGUGUCUGGUAGUGAAGGCAUCUGUGAAUCGACUCUCUGACAGACAGGAAUACAUCUUUGAUGCAGUUUUGUCUUUAUUUGAUAAAGACAUAAAGGACAAUAUUGUCAUUAUGUUCACUCACUCAGAUGGAAUUCCUCCAGAAGAUGCUCUUAAUGCCAUCAAGAAAGCUAAGAUUUCCUGCAGGAAAGAUGAAGAAAAUGAACCUGAGCAUUUCUUAUUCAACAAUCAUCAAACUAAAAAAAAGAGCCCAAAGUACAUAAAAGCUUUUCAGGCAGCUUGGGAACUAACAGCAGAGAGCUUAAAUCAUUUCUUUCUCUCACUUAAAGAACAGAACAGAAAAAGCUUACAGCAGACUGAAAGUGUUCUGUCUGAGUCCAAAAGACUUGAAAUCUGUAUUUCUAAUCUACAAAGCCGUAUUGAGUUUGUAGAGUGCAAGAGAAAAGAACUGCUUCAGAUUCAGAAAGCGCUUGAGGAAAACCGAGAAAAUAUAAAGAGAAAUGAAAACUUUCCUUUUACAGUCACUGAACAUUACAAAGAAAAAGUGCCAAUUCAAAAUGCUUCAUGGAAGGAUGGAAUGGCCACCACUUGUUCUGUCUGUCAAGAGAACUGUCAUGAGAAAGGCUGCUGGUUGAGCCCCAAUGCUGGAUGGUGUGACGUCAUGAAAAAUGACCACUGCACAUCAUGUACUGGUAAAUGUCACUACACAAAACAUGUCAGAGAGAACAAGAAAUAUCGUCGACGGAGCAGAGAGAUCAUAGUGACAUUUGACAAUCUCAAAAUACAAUAUGAAAGCAGCAAUAAAUCAGCAUCAGAUAUCCAGUUUAAUACUGAGACAUUUCAAUAUGUCAAAAAAGAGUUUGAAAGCAACAAGAAACAGGAAGCGGAGAAGACGAGUGUAGAGACUAGACUGAAAUAUGAACUGAUCAAGAAUGAAAAGCACAAAUCUGAGCUGGUAGAAGAAGCCUACAGUGCCUUCAAGAAACUGUGUAAGAUUGCUUUAAAGCCAGAUUCUGCUUUCAUUCUUCAGUGUCUUGACUUCUUUAUCCCUCGAACUGAAGAAACUGGAAAACCUGUUCUUGCUCAGAAACUAAGAGAGAUGAGAAAAAUUCAACCUGAAUCACAGGAAAGAGUUCAUGCUGCAAUAGACUACGCAGGAGCAAGGAGCAAGAAAAUGAAAAAUGUUACUGAUAAAAGUUAAUUUCAAACUGAUUUUCAAAUGUCGAUGUUUAAAAGGUAAUGUGAUUACUAUCUAGCAUUUCAUAUAUAUAUAUAUUGAAUAUAUUGAUAAAAUGCACUUUAUUUAUUUAGUAAUAUUUUGUCCAAGAUGUCCAUUUUAAAUAUUGCUUAAAAAACUUUACUUAUUUUUAAUUAUUGCUGAAUCCUAUUUCAUAUAA